AUGCAGUCGCCCCACAUCCGCUGCACCUCCGCCACGCCUUCCCGGCCACAGGAGAUCCGCUCGUUCGAGGGGUUCUAUGUGCCCUGGGAAAAGCAGCUGCUCUUCUACGCGCUGGGCGUGCUGAGCUUCGGCCUCGUGUUCCUGCUGGCGAAAUGGAGCCCCAAGGUCCACAUUGCACUCAACCUGCGGCGCUGCCCCCUGAAAGAGGCGACUUUCGUGCGCAUCACGCUGGACGACGGGCGGGUGGACGUCGAGCCGGUGGUGCAGAUCACCGGCCCCACCGCCGCGGAGGGCGGCCCGACGGCGGGCUACGGCACCCACCACGUGGGCGGCGGCGCGGCCGUCGGCGGCGGCAGGGAGGAGAAGCACCGGCUGCUGGAAUACCGCUGCAACAGGGGCAGCGGAGGUUUCAACCUGGCGAGCCUGAGGCGCCGAAAGCUGGGGCCGCCCGCCCCAGUGGAACUUGACGGGGGCGUGGCGGCGCGGAGCGAGGGGCGAGAGGCGGGCUUGCGGCAGCUGAGCGAGCCGCCCCUGGAGCGGCUCACCCGGGGAGGCAGUGCAGCAAGGUAUUUUUACGUGGACGCGGUGGGCAAGUACGUGCCCGUGCCAGACGUGCCCAAGCGCUUCAACGAGCAGCUCGUUGCCAGCGCGACCCAGCUGGCGGCCACGCAGGUGCGCUCAAGCGACUGGGCCGCGCUGCCGUCGGACGGGGCUGCAGGAACGCCGCGGCCCGCGUGGGCCGCGCGGCUCGCUGAAUGGUUUUCGCAGCGUCUCGAUGGGGACGGCAUGGGCGGCGUCGCGGUGUCCCAAAAGCAAGACGUGGCAGCCGCGCGGCAGCGGGAGCGGGGCGCGAGCGCAGCAGACGCCGGCUCCUGUCCCCAGGGGCGGCCGGCACCGCGCGCGCCGCCGGAGCGGGGUGCGCGCGACUGGCGGGUGCUGGAGGACGUUGCGGAGUGGAGCGUGGCGGACCGGCAGAUGCGGUACGGCGCCAACGAGAUGCGCAUCCCGGUCAAGGGCGUGGCGCGGCUGGUUUUUGAUGAGAUGUGGCACCCUUUCUACGUCUUCCAGUACUUCUCCAUUGUUGUGUGGGUGGCCGGUGACAACUACUGGACCUACGCAAUCUGCAUUUUUGUGAUCACCUGGUUCUCCAUCAUCACGUCGGCCGUGGAGGCGCACUCCAACAUGAAGCGGCUGGCUGACAUUGCGUACUUUGCGACAGAGGUGGAGGUCCUCCGCGGCGGCCGCUUUGUGAAGCUGCCCUCGCCGCAGCUCGUCCCGGGGGACGUGGUGGCGGUGGGGCCGGGCGUGAUGUCGUGUGAUGCGGUGCUGAUCAGGGGUGAGGUCAUCGUGGACGAGAACAUGCUGACUGGGGAGUCGGUGCCUGUCAGAAAGGUGCCCUUCUCCCCCGCGUCGGACGGGCUGUCUUACGGCCCGGACCGCAGCUCCGCCUGCACCCUGUACGGCGGGACGGCAGUCGCACAGGCGCGCGCGCCCAAGGGGCAGGCGGCGCUGGCGAUGGUCGUGAGGACGAGGUUUUACUCGGCCAAGGGGCAGCUGCUCAGGUGGGGGAUGGCUGUCUUGCUGUUUGUGUAG